AAACCUUUGGCAGUAAAGGCCUGCUCCAAAGCAAGUGUACACCGAACCAAACGGUUAAAUGGUAUUUAAAGCCUGCCUAGGGACAGUUUUGUAAUUAGGUACACAACAAUUCCUCUAAACUUUGGCUUUCAUUAAAAAAUUAAGAAAAGCUUAAAUUAAUGGCUCCACAUUCUCUUUCCUCAAUCUCAAUCUUACCCUCCCAAAACCUCAUUUUGUCCUUCCUCUCCUUUUCUCACCUCCCCUCUCACCAACAAAUUCGCCAUCGUAAAGCGAUCGUUCCCGUCGCCGUCUCUCACUGCCGCAGGCUUCGCCGGAAACAUCGUCGCAAAAGAAACGAUAUGUCCGUCACCAUCCCGCUUACCUCCAGGGAAAAGGAACCGUUUUUAGAUUCCAGAAAUAGUGCUGGAAAUAGAGAAAUGUUAGCGAUGGAGGCGGAGCAAGAGAAGACGACUUCGACGAGUUCGAGGAAGAAGAACAGGUAUUUCGGCAGCGGCGGCAGAUUGAAAUGCUUCGGUGUCGAUUUGUCGCCGGACAAUGUGGCGGUUGCUAUGGUGUAUUUCGUUCAAGGCGUUUUAGGCCUUUCGAGGCUUGCUGUUAGUUUUUAUUUGAAAGAUGAUUUGCAUCUUGAUCCUGCAGAAACAGCAGUGAUAUCAGGAUUUUCAGCACUGCCCUGGCUUGUUAAGCCACUUUAUGGAUUUAUUAGUGAUUCAAUCCCACUAUUUGGUUAUCGAAGAAGGUCAUACUUGGUUCUAUCAGGGCUUCUUGGUGCUCUCUCUUGGAGUUUGAUGGCCAUGUUUGUUGACAGCAAGUAUAGUGCUGCAUUUUGCAUACUUCUUGGAUCUCUUUCUGUUGCCUUUUCAGAUGUUGUUGUAGAUUCCAUGGUUGUGGAGAGGGCUCGUGGGGAGUCACAAAGCAUGUCAGGAUCUCUUCAGUCUCUAUGCUGGGGAUCUUCAGCUUUUGGUGGAAUUGUAAGCUCCUAUUUUAGUGGCUCUUUGGUGGAUGCUUAUGGCGUAAGGUUUGUUUUUGGUGCCACUGCAUUGCUACCACUGAUAACAUCUGCUGUUGCUGUUCUUGUAAAAGAACAGCCUGUGCUUGGCCCAGCAAGGGUGCAGAAUGUUCUUUUGGGCAAUCCUAGCUUUCUUGAAAGCUCAAGAGAGAGUAUUAUUCAGUUGUGGAAUGCUGUCAGACAGCCCAAUGUAUUUCUUCCCACAGUUUUUAUUUUCUUGUGGCAGGCAACACCGCAGUCGGAGUCUGCCAUGUUUUACUUCACCACAAAUAAACUUGGUUUUACCCCAGAAUUUCUAGGACGUGUCAAGCUUGUUACUUCGGUUGCUUCAUUGGUUGGAGUUGGACUGUAUAAUGGAUUUCUAAAAAAUGUUCCAUUGCGCAAGAUCUUUCUUGCCACGCCAAUUAUUGGUACAGCUCUUGGAAUGACUCAGGUCUUUCUUGUUACUGGAUUGAACCGGCAGUUUGGAAUAAGUGAUGAGUGGUUUGCAAUCGGGGAUUCCUUGAUUCUAACUGUUCUUGGUCAGGCUUCUUUCAUGCCUGUUCUUGUACUUGCAGCAAAACUAUGUCCAGAAGGAAUGGAAGCAACACUUUUUGCAACUCUGAUGUCCAUAUCAAAUGGAGGCAAUGUCGUAGGUGGUCUGAUAGGUGCUGGUCUGACCCAGGUAUUCGGUGUGACCAAGGAUAAAUUUGAUAACUUAGCCACCUUGAUAAUCCUCUGCAAUCUCAGUUCAUUGUUGCCUUUGCCUCUACUUGGCCUCCUUCCUGGGAAUGAAUCUGACACUGUUUCUAAGGAGAAUGUAGAUAUUGAGAUGAAAUCUAAUUGAAUUCUGGCUAUUUGCGCCGCUGUGUGCAAGAUGUGUCUAUCCUCUUCCAUAAAUUUUCCUCCUUUCCAAAAUGUUUGAGCUUUUUGUUUGACUAUAGAUUACAGUUUAGAACACAGGGAUGUAGAACGAGGGGGAGGGGAGAGCUCUGUACAUAUAACGGGACAGAUUCAAAGCCCAUGCUUUGCUUGAUUGAAAUGACUUAUGACUUAAGAAUUUGAUUGUUCUCUGA